AUGAGGUUCUUCCCAGGCAUCGCCCGCAACCCGCUGCGAGCCGUGGGCUUCAUCGAUGACCCUGUCUUUCUCACGCCCCUCCAUCGGGUCCACGCCCUCUCUUCUUUCCAGUUGACAUUCACCCUCAGCAAUGCAGACCCCAGCAUACGACUGUCCCUCGAACCAAAUCACGAUGUGAUUGCCGACGGAGCCACAGUCACUUACCUCGCCGAGGACGGGUCUGUGCAGAGAACGGAGCCCGUCGACCGCCUGCAACACCGCGUGUUCAAGGGCACCGCGUUUGUCAAAUACCCCGGAGACAGCGAGUGGACCAACGCUGGCUGGGCAAGGAUCCACGUGCACAGAGAUGGCCCUAACCCCCUCUUCGAGGGCGCCUUUCAGCUCUACGGCGACCAGCACCACGUCCAGACGAGCCAUAACUACCUGAAGACCCGGCUCGAGGAUGAUCCAGACGCCUGGCGGCCAGGCGGCGAGUCCAUGGUCGUCUGGCGCGACUCGGACAUCACCACAACAGCAGAUGACAACCGGCACUUGGGCUUGGACGAGCUGAAGAGAGGACUGCCAACGAGCGAUACCUGCACUGCUGAGCGGCUCAUCUUCAACCGUGACGAGAACCACCCGCUCUAUCGCGGAACGGUAGAGGGCCCGGACAAGAGGUCCCUAUGGGCCUCCGUGAUGCCCAGCACCCUGUUUGCGCGGCAGAUAGACGGUACCACUGGGGGAAACAGCGCUGGCAUCAACCUGACGGCCGCCAUUGGGUCCACGGCCGGCUGUCCGACCUCCCGCAAGGUCGCCCUGAUCGGCAUCGCGACCGACUGCACCUACACGGCCGACUUUGCCAACGAUACGGCCGCCAAGACCAACAUCAUCGCCCAGGUCAAUACUGCCUCCCAGCUGUAUGAGAGCACCUUUAACAUCUCGCUGGGCAUCCAAAACCUCACCCUCAGCCCGAGCAGCUGCCCCUCGACUGCGAGCACCGAGGCGCCCUGGAACGUGGGCUGCUCCGACAGCGUCACCAUCACCGACCGGCUCAACCUCUUCUCGCAGUGGCGCGGCCAGCACAACGACACAAACGCCUACUGGACGCUCAUGAGCACGUGCAAAACCGAGUCGGCCGUCGGGCUCGCGUGGCUCGGUCAGCUGUGUAUGAGCGGCUCGUCUACCGAAAGCAACGAGACGGUGGCCGCAGCGAACGUUGUCGUCCGGACAUCUACGGAAUGGCAAGUCUUUGCCCACGAGUCGGGCCACACCUUUGGAGCCGUACACGACUGUACAUCCACCACGUGCGCGGACGGCACGGCAACGAAGCAGCAGUGCUGCCCGCUGAGCUCAGCCACCUGUAAUGCCAACGCUCAGUUCAUCAUGAACCCGUCGACCGGCUCCGGCAUCACACAGUUCUCCCAGUGCACCGUGGGCAAUAUCUGCUCCGCCCUGGGCCGUCAGUCUGUCCAGUCGACCUGCCUGACCAACAACAAGGAUGUCCCGACCAUCACCGGAAGCCAAUGCGGCAACGGCAUCGUGGAGUCUGGCGAAGAGUGCGACUGUGGCGGGACAGCCGGCUGCAACGGCAACACGUGUUGUGACGCCUCGACCUGCAAGUUCACGACAAACUCGGUGUGCGACCCAUCGAACGAGGACUGCUGUACCUCGCAGUGCCAGUUCGCCAGUAACGGCACUGUGUGCCGAGACAGCACCGGCGUAUGUGAUCCCCAGGAAGUCUGCACCGGCACCUCAUCCACCUGUCCGGCGGACCAGAACGCGCCGGAUGGUACGGGCUGUGGUUCCGGUCUCAAGUGUGCCUCGGGCCAGUGUACCUCGCGCAACGAGCAGUGCCAGUCCCUGAUGGGAUCCCUCACCACGGACAACGACACCACGGCGUGCGACUCCUCUGGGUGCCAGAUCUCGUGUCAGUCGCCAGAGUUCGGAAGCAACGUCUGCUACAAGCUGAACCAGAACUUCCUCGACGGCACACCCUGCCAGGGCGGCGGCAAAUGCAGCAAUGGAAACUGCAAGGGUAUCAACACUGGCGAUGAGAUCAAGGACUGGAUCAACAGUAAUAAGGACAUUGUGAUCCCGGUCGCAUGUGUGCUGGGGGCAAUCCUCCUUCUCGUGAUAGCAAGUUGUAUCUGGUCCUGUCGGCGCAGGAGGGCGCGUCGAACGCGUGCAGCGCGAGGGGCGUACGAAAAUGGUGGUUGGCAGCCGAGCAUGAGUACACGAUAUGCAUAAAGAAGACAUGGUACCAAUCUAAUGAGGCGUUAUGGUCUGGAAGUGGUUGGAGGAUCUUGUUGGAGGUCAAAAGGGUGGGUUUCGCAUAUCAAACAAUUUGGGCUGGCAUAUUGAUAUUCUUCGCUGUCACGACGAUCACGGCCAGAAGGAAGAUGCCAGAUUAUCUCAGCCAGGCUCGGCAUGUUGUGAUCAUUCAUGGUGCAUCAGCGGCGUUUCAAAGGGUGGUAGGGCAUAACGGUCACAUAUGGAAAGGAGUGGGAUGCAAUAUUUCUCUGGAAGGAGACAUUAUUGUAGCAUGAUUAUACCUCAAUCUGACGUCUCUUCAAUG